AUGUUAAGGAAAAAUAUUGAUUGCUUAUGUGAUGCUAAUGGUGUUUGGUUCAAUGAUAGUAAAGAUAUUACAAAUAUGCUGGUUGAUCAUUUUGCUCAGACUGUCAAGAAUAUGUCUCCCUGGAGUUCUCCUGGCCCAGAUGGGUUUCAAGAUGGAUUCUAUCGUUACAUCUGGGACAUUGAUGGUAAGGAUGUCACCAAUGAUGUGCAAGGUUUUUUUGAAUCAGGUUAUAUGCCUACUGAAUUCAAUAACACUUAUCUUAGUUUAAUACCUAAAUGUGAUAAUGCUAUAAGGCAUGUUGAUUUUAGACUUAUAGGAUUAUGUAAUACCAUUUAUAAGGUCAUAUUUAAGAUAAUUGCUGAUAGAAUUAAACCUCAUUUAAAGCAUAUAAUUUCAUCUUACCAACCUGCUUUUGCGCCAGGAAGGGAUAUUCAUGACAAUAUUAUUAUUCCACAUGAAAUGAUCCAUAUUAUGAAACAUAAAGAAGGCCAAAGUGGAACCAUGGCUUUAAAACUUGAUCUCUCUAAGGCCUUUGAUAGGAUUGAAUGGAGUUUUCUUCUAGGAGUUCUUAAAGAGUUUGGCUUUGAUGAUAAAUUUUAUGGUUAUAUUAAUCAAUGCAUUUCUACCACUAAUAUAUCUGUCUUGCUGAAUGGUUCUCCUACUCAUGAUUAUACUCCUUCUAGAGGUGUUAGACAAGGUGAUCCAUUAUCACCUUAUCUAUUCAUAUUAUGCAUGGAAUACUUAUCUAGACUUUUAUUGAAUGCUGAGACUAAUCAUCUUAUUUCAGGUGUAAAAGCAGUUAGAAAUGCUCCAGGUAUUACUCGCCUUAUGUUUGCUGAUGAUAUCCUGAUAUUUGUGAAGGCAGACAUGCAUAAUAUUCAUGGUGUUAUGGAAGUUCUUGAUUUUUUUGGUAAAGUUUCUGGUCAGGUGCUAAACCUUGAUAAAUCUAGUGUUUAUUUUAGUUAUAAUCUCAGCCCCAGUACUAGAGAGAUCCUAGCAAGUGAACUUAAAAUGACUGAAAUGAAAGACACAGAUAAAUACUUGGGUGUAUCUCUUUUGAUAGGUAGAAAUAAGACUAAAGCCUUUAGACCUAUGAUACAAUCCUUUGACACUAGACUAAAAACCUGGAAGGGGAAAACUAUGAACCAAUCAGCUAGAACUACUAUGGUAAAGCAUGUUUUAAAUUCCAUACCAACUUAUAUUAUGAGUUGUUUUAGAAUUCAAAAAACCAUGAUAGAUCAGAUGGAUUCCAUACAAAAGCAUUUUUGGUGGGGUCAUAGUAACAACAAAGACCUUUGUCUAAUAGGUUGUAACAAACUUAUUAUUCCUAAGGCUUUAGGUGGUCUUGGUUUUAGAAAUUUAGAGCAUUUUAAUUCUGCCAUGUUAACAAAAAUAGCUUGGAAAGCUUGCGGUGAGGAUAACUCUCUGUGUAUGCAGAUUAUAAGAGCUAAAUAUGGUACAAAUGGUAGAUUACUUCAUUUAGAUAAGUUGAAAGAGGAAAGUUCAUGGUUAUGGAUAAGCAUUUAUUCUGGAAUUGAGAUUGUUCAACAACAUUCGAUAUGGAUUGUUCAAUGUGGAACAAAAAUAAACAUUUGGCUAGAUAAUUGGAUUAUUGGAUUUAAUAGUCCACCUGUCCCAAUUAUGGGUCUUUAUAGCAUUGUUACUUUUACUCUAGUUUGUGAUAUUUUUCUUCCUAAUACUAGAACUUGGAAUGAGAACCUAAUUCAAUCUCUGUUUAAUCAUGAAACUACCACUGCCAUUCUUAAUAUGAAUGUUUCCACAACUGGUGAAGACUAUCUUAUUUGGAAACCAGAUAGAAAAGGUAAGUUCUCUGUCAAAAGUGCUUAUGAUACUCUGUGUGUUAGUCAAGUAGAUAACACUAUUGGUGGUGAUACUAUUCCAACAAUAGUUUGGAAGACACUCUGGCAUACUAAAGUCCCUAACAGGAUGCAACUCUUUGUCUGGAAAUGCUUAAAAGAUAUUGUUCAUGUGAGAGAUAAAAUAUCUAGAUAUAAACAUGAAGUGGAACCUCAUUGUGUUUUGCGUAAUCAUAGUACUGAAACUACUAGUCAUUUGUUAUCUCAGUGCAACUAUGCUAAGGAAAUAUGGAAUGCUUUAAACAUUGAUAUACCUCUUGAUAUUAAACCUAAUGUCCAAAGUACAGUGAUCAGAAUUCAUAACUUGGUACAGCAAUGCAACUUUGUUGCUGCAGCUGUUACUAUGCCUAGAAACAGCAAGGCCUUAGGAGCUAAAGGAUGGAGUUUGGAAGAGGAAGUGGAAGCUGAGAUUGGACCUGAAAAUUUUGAAUGCAAAGCUCUAGUCAAGAAAAUGUCAACUUCCAGCGGCAACGAUUACGAUUAUUAUUACUCCUCUUCUUCCUCCAGCUCUUCUGAUGAGGAUUCCAAAGAUUCUGUAGCCAAAUCGAAAUCUAAGACAACUCAUUAUGAUGGAGCGAAGCCUAGCAUACCCUUGAUUGAUCAAAGGGUCACUUAUGUUGAACUUAUGAAGAGAAAGGCUGAAGAUGACGAAGCAGAGAAUCGUCAGCGCAGAAGGGAUCAAACCCGGCGCCGAGUACAAGCGGCUGAGGAGAGACGUCGAUUUGUAGAUGGGGUACCCUCUGACUCUGAUGCUGAUGCUUCUGAAGAGGAAACUGCGUGGAUGUUUACAGAGCGCAAGAUCAAGCCUGACCGAUAUGAAAGAGAGUUCCGGAAGAGCAUGAAGCAAAUUGAAGCUGAAGCUGAAGCAGAAGAAGACUCGAACUCGGAUGUUGAUCCUGAUGCUCAUCCAGACUUCAUCGACGGUCCUGGCGCUGAUUCCGAUGAAGAGGAAGACAAUGAUGACAAAUCUGAUAACUCGGAUGACAAGAAGGACAACUAUGACGACUCUGACAAUUCAGAUGAGUCUGACGAGUAG